AUAAGCUAACCUUAGACUGGUUGGAAUCCUACAGAGCUGCCUCCGGUGUUUCAAUUGCAAUCACCCUCCUCAACGUCGUUAUCAACAUUGUCGAGAUCAUCCUAAUCGCCACGAGUCGCAUGCCUCCGGGGCUGUAUCUGACGGGCGCGUGUCUCAAAUCUGCCAUUUGGGGCGCUAUCUUCCUCCCAAAUCUGUUCGCAGAGGCAAUAGUCUCCGCGGUAUUGAUUCUAUUCCUAUUUGGAACCUCUUUCAUGCAACUCAUCUAUGGUGCCAUUCUCGUGCACCGCCAGCGAAAGGGAACAUUAAUGGUCGGGUUCUACACGCCUCCCGAUCACUCGGUAGGCUUGCCUGAGGGCCCCGUGUACGGUGGUGCGGAACCGCAAGACCGUUACUUCCGGCCAUCGACGGCCGCCAGCUCUGAAUACAAGUCGCCGCUAUCAUCGCCGUCAGUAGCUUCCCCUCAAUUCGGAUUCGCCCCCGCAGCUUAUGCCCCGCCUGGAUCCUACGAGCUUGACGGUCGCGCGCGCCAUUUCUAAGGGGAUAUUUAUGAUGAAUGUUACCAUUGGUGGGUGUAUCAAAGAUACAAGCCGGUGGCAGUGGCAGUGUCGGUGGAAGAGGCGUCUGCUUAUUUCGUGCACGCAAACAAGCAUUGGAUACAAUUCAACCACUGCCCAACUAUAGCGGUGAUACCCACAGAUA